GCACUGCAGAGCCAGAUAUAUAGAAAUGGAGGCGAAAGCUGAAACAUUUUUGGAAUUGCUAGUUUUCUGUUUAAAAAUAUAAUUUCAAUCAAAUUAGAUAUCAAAAUAGGAAAAUAAUUUGGGUUUAUGAAAACAACACAAAAGUUUUCUUAGAUAUAAUCAUUAAAGUAAUCAACAAUUUCAAUUUGUUAUUUGUGGGCAAAAUAAAAAUUGAAUAGAAUAAUCAUGUCGAAGAGAUUAGCGGACGAGGCAAGCAAUGCCAGCGGUUCCACCAUCGGCCAACCUCCUAUCAAAAAGGUUCAUUUUGAACCUCACUUAAUUGGACCGGUUUCUACUCUAGAGGAAAUGGAUAUUAAAGUUUUAGAAUUCCAAAACAAAAAACUAGCCCAGCGUAUCGAGCAGCGAAUGCGAACAGAAGCUGAGCUGCGUCACAGAAUAGAACAACUUGAAAAGCGACAGACACAAGAUGAUGCUGUUCUCAAUGUUGUCAAUCGGUAUUGGAAUCAACUCAAUGAAGACAUAAGGGUUCUUUUGCAGCGUUUCGAUGCAGAAACAGCGGACGAAUCAGAGAACAAAAAUGAAAAUGAAGUAACAACAUCAUUUUUGACACAAUUAUCUACUUGGGAUAAGGAAGAACUCGACGAUAAACUCGCAAAUAGAGUUCAAGUUUCCAAGAGAGCGGUGGCAAAAAUCGUCCAAGUUAUAGAUCGAUUAAUGCAAAGAAAUGAAAAAAUAACCGUGGCACUGAAAAGUGAAACUGUUGAAGAUGGUGAAAAAAUAACGCCAAUAGAAGAAACACUAAAGGUGUCGCAUAUUGAAAUUAUGACGGAAAAUAGGAACUUACAAAAUUUGAACACGUCUCUCCAUGAAAAAUUUCACACUAUGUCGUUGAAAAUGAAGGAGUAUCAAGAUGCUCUUACGGCAAAGGAAACAGAAAAUGCUGAGCUAAAAAACCAAAUUGAUGAGCUACAGUACGACCUGGAGAAGAUCCAUUGCCGGAACGACAAGCUAGAAAACCACUUAGCUGAAGCUAUUGAAAAGUUGAAGGCUUAUCAUCAGAUGCAUGGUGAUCCAAGUAAGUCUACUACAUCGGCAGUCAAAGGUACAACACCUGCCAACGUAAACAGUCAACACUUUGAGGAUCUUCAGAAAGAACUUGAAGAAUAUCGCGAACUAGCUAACAAUCGCCUUCAAGAGCUAGAUAAGCUCCAUGCAACACAUAGGGAAACCUUAAAGGAAGUCGAAAAACUUAAAAUGGAUAUACGUCAGCUGCCCGAAUCGGUGAUAGUUGAAACUACGGAAUAUAAAUGCUUGCAAUCUCAAUUUUCAGUUUUGUAUAACGAAUCUAUGCAAAUUAAAACGAUGCUCGAUGAAACAAGAAACCAAUUGCAAACCAGCAAGAACCAGCACCUUAGACAAAUCGAGGUUAUGGAGAGUGAGGAGCUUAUUGCCCAGAAAAAGGUUCGCAGCGAAAUGAUCCAAAUGGAAGAUGUACUGGCUCAGAUUAGGAAGGAAUAUGAAACAUUCAGAAUCGAAUUCGAACAGAAUAUGGCUGCUAAUGAGCAAACAGCACCUAUUAAUCGUGAAAUGCGGCAUUUAAUUACUUCUUUGCAGAAUCACAAUGGUCAACUAAAGGGCGAAGUCCAGCGUUAUAAAAGAAAAUAUAAAGACACAUCGGCUGAUAACGUAAAGUUAAGAAAGGAACUCGAAGAUAUGGUUAUUAAAUUAGAAGGCACUAAAAAUCAAUCAUCAUCAAACGAUGAAUUGAAACAAGAAGGAUUGGUUAAAGAAGAAGUUGGUUCCGAUGCAUUGGUAUCAGUCAAGGAAGAAAACAGUGAGACUCAUGUCAAAGUGGAAGGCGAUGAUGCAGAUGAUGAUUCCAGAGAACCAAAGGACGGUGUUAAACAAGAGAAAAAUCUUUCGUCUUCUCCGGUUGACAAAAAAGAAUUGCAAACUUGCACGAGUGGGUCCAAUGUCAAGGUUGAAAGAGACACAAAAGAUGUUCAAAAAGUCAAAGAAAAUAAAAUAACAGAAUCCGAGCUUGUUAGAGAUUUAAAGGCUCAAUUGAAGAAAGCUAUAAACGAUCAGAAGGAGAUGAAACUUUUGCUAGAUAUGUACAAAGGAGUACCUAAGGAUCAACGAGAUAAAGUACAAUUGAUGGCUACAGAGAAAAAACUUCGCUCAGAGAUUGAUGAGUUAAGGCAACAAAUAAAAAAGAUUCAAGAGAGUAAAAGGGAAGAGCGUAAAAAAUUAGCCGACGAAGAAGCAAUCAGAAAGAUUAAGCAACUCGAAGAGCAAAAAUAUGAACUGCAGAAACAAGUUGCUAGUCAAAAACCAGUUGAGAACACUUGGGGAGCUGCACCUGGUUAUGUUAGACCAUUUGUUGGCUCGCAUGAAGAAGAGGCUUUGCUUAAUGAAAUGGAGGUAACUGGGCAAGCGUUUGAGGAUAUGCAGGAACAAAAUUCGCGGCUUAUUCAACAACUGCGUGAAAAGGAUGAUGCUAACUUUAAGCUGAUGUCCGAGCGCAUUAAAGCCAAUCAAAUGCAUAAAUUAUUGCGGGAAGAGAAACAAAUAUUGGACGAUCGAAUGGCUACAAGAGAUACACAAAUUGAAGCUAUGCACAUAGUUUUGCGAAAACUAGAAGAAAAAGAAAGAAACCUGCAAAAUACGGUCGCAACAAUAGAAAAAGAGCUUGUUUUACGUCAACAAGCAAUGGAGAUGCACAAACGGAAGGCAAUAGAGUCUGCCCAAUCAGCUGCAGAUCUAAAAUUACACUUGGAGAAGUAUCAUUCUCAAAUGAAAGAGGCCCAGCAAGUGGUUGCUGAAAAAACAAGUUCACUUGAAGCGGAAGCCUACAAAACUAAACGUUUGCAAGAAGAGUUGGCACAAUUUAAACGCAAGGCUGAACGUAUGAAGAAAAUAGAAAUGGCAGGAACUACUAUAGACGAAGUUAUGUUAGAAGAAAUUCGUGAAUAUAAGGAAACUCUGACUUGUCCUUCGUGCAAGGUAAAGCGAAAAGAUGCCGUUCUCUCCAAAUGCUUCCACGUAUUUUGUUACGACUGUUUAAGGACACGAUAUGACACCCGUCAGCGCAAGUGCCCCAAGUGUAAUUGUGCUUUUGGAGCAAAUGAUUAUCAUCGCUUAUAUCUUACAUAAGCACCUUAGGUUGUUUAAUAUUCUAGACAUUAAAACAAAAUUAUUUGUAUUAGAUAUAAAAAAAAUUCCAGAAAUACAUUCUAGGAAUCAA